UUUUCACUUUGUAGUUUGUCACAAUCAGAAGUAGGUUGACGGUGAAUUGGAAUUUCACUUAGAAUCUAUAUUGUUUUUUGUCUUUUUUCGUCCGGUGCAUAAGUAUUAAUCACAAUAUAUGAGAAACGAGUCAACUUUGAAACUGCUUUCACACUCUUAUACACAGCUGUAAACAAUGCCAGUUUGUGAACUGCUUAGUAAUGGAUAUUUUAAAUGUCUUAACAAACUAUGGAUGGAUGAAGAACUGUGUGACUUUACAGUUCAAAUCGAUGACGUUUCUAUUAAAUGUCAUCGCGUCAUUCUUGGAGCGUGUUCGUCAUUUUUUCUCGGACUUCUGAGAUCUGGAAUGAAAGAAGCCAACGAGGGACGUGUAGUUCUACAAGAUAUAUCAGCCUCCACCUUUCAGUUAAUCCUGAAAACUUUGUACACCGGUGAAGACGUGUUGAGUCUUGACAACUUCAUAGAAAUCUGGCACGCUGUACACAUGCUUCAAAUCGGAUUUUUCUUAAAUAUGUGUGAAACAUUCGCAGUCAAUAAUCUAAAGCUGGAUAACUUUGAAGAAAUAUACUCUAUUGCUAAACUUUUGAAUGCUAGAUCGGUAAGCGUCCCACUUAAUACGUUUAUGCUUGAGAACUUUGAUGCUAUUUCAGAAACAAAACCAGUUUUUGAACUUUCGUUUAAAGAAUUUCAAGAUUUGGUUGAAAAGCCUACGCUUAAAAGUAGCUCCGAGUAUAAUGUGCUACAGAGUGUUAUAAAAUGGACUGAAUACAAUCCUAUUGCACAUAAACCUGACAUAGUUAACAUCGGAGAUGAAGGGAAAAGGGAUGAAAUAAAUUCAGAACCAGUCAAAGAUCCGGCUAGUAUUCCACAGGACACUAUACAUCAAAAGGGUUUGGGAGACAUUGAAAAAGCCGUAAAUGAAAGUAAUGGUAAUGUAGAAAAUGAACAAGGAGACUUAAAAGAGAAUAGUGAAGCCACUAAAUCAGAAAAAGGUGAUAUUCAGACGUAUAUGCAACCAGAUAGUAUAAUGAAUUCUCAAAAUUCAAACAUUGUAUAUAAAAAUGUAUGUAAUGAUGAUAGACUCAAGAGACUAAGAGAAUUAUUAAGAACUGUCAGAAUCUCUUUAAUAAGCCCAUCUUUGCUAGUGCAAGUCUUAGAACAUCCGCUCAUUAAGCUCAUUGACGAAGCAAAGCAAGAGAUUGUUUCUGCAAUUUUAAACGAGACAACUUAUUUUCGUCACGGACAGUGGCCAACGACCGGCAGAUACAGAGAGUGUUACGAAUAUGGCAACUAUGGCUGUUUUAGCAGUUGUGGGUCAUUAGAUUGUAUAGAUCCUGAUGAUGAAAAGUGGUAUACGCUGAACAAGUGUGAAUCGUUAAAACGAAACGUCCAGCUAGUUGUGUUCGACAACGAACUUUUUGCAACUGGUGUACAGUCAGCCUCUCAAAAUAAAAGUAAAAUGUUUCUUUACUAUGAUAACUCGUGGGCAGAGAUAGCGGAGAUGCCUGGAAAAGAUCUGCUUUUAGCAAGCAAUGACAACCACAUAUACGUUACAAACGUCAUUGAAAAUAUAAUAUAUAGACUGAGUCCUAAAAGGAGGAUUCCGAAACUAGAACACUUUAUUCAAGUUCCAAAAGAAAAUGUUAUAAAACAUGUUAUGAGCUACCAAAUUUAUAUGCUCAUCUUUUGUACUGAAAAUGUCAAUGACAUCGAUGAAACAGCCGUCCAUAUGUUAGACCUUCAGGCCAAGAGCUGGACAAGACUGAACAACCUCGAGGGAUCAGCUGAAAACAUCAUCAGUUUUCGUAACGACGACAACCACUUUGUACUCCAGACAAAUGGUAGCUUGUGGUCUGUAAGAAAUAAUGUCAAUGAAAAGAUUACGUUUACUCAUGUGGCCAAACUGUGGAGCAUCAAAAAAGUCAUGUACGGAGCUGUUGUCCAUGGUAACAUUUUGGUUUUGUUUGGUGAAAAUCCUGAGAAUGAUACCGAUGAUUCAACAGAAUACGAACUGGGCAAUAUAUUUCUAUCUAUUCGCUAUUGGGGAAGAGAUGGUUCCUGCUCAAAUUUUAUACCUGCUGUUCUUCUAAAAUCGGGCUGUACACCAAAAGUUAUUAAGUAAUAUGCUUAAGUAGUUGAUGAUUUUCAACAUUUUACUUUAUAAAUAAAGUUGUGUCAGUUAAUAAUAAUUCAUUACAAUUUAAUUAAUAAUGUAUAGGCUAUUUAAUUUCUCAAAGUAAUUGUUUUUGCUUAUUACCAAUUACUUGACUGUUUUAAGAAAACCAUGUAUUUAUUUGUAAAUUAUUAGCAUUACGCAAAUACUGCAAAUAUAUGAUGUUUUUUAUGUGUUUAAUCGAGUGCGCAAGUGAAGGGAAAUAAAUAAGCAUCCAAC